AUGCCAGCAGAGGUCAGGGAAAGCUCGCCCGACGUGGCCGAGCCCCCUCUUAAAAAAAGAAACAUCGCCAAAACAACCAACAAAGUCAACGAUGAUGGCAUCUCAGAAACCUUCAAGGUGGUCCGCACAAAAUUCUACCUUUCAUUAGCACCAUGCCAUUUGGGCAAUCCUAUCAACGGUAUCAAAGCACAGCACUUGGAGCCUUUGGUCAUGAAGUACAAUGCAAAGGCCAGAGGUGUCGUGUUGGGAUACUUCAACAUCACAUUGUCCAACGAUAGAGACUCGACCGACAAGACGUCAUUGGUCAAGGUGAACGAUGUUACCCCCUUUGCAUUUUUAUGGGCCACUGUUGACCUUCUCAUAUGGCAGCCCCAGCCCGGCGAUGUGUUGGAAGGCUACAUCUACAUGCAAACGCAAUCCCACAUUGGUUUGCUUGUGCACGACACAUUUAAUGCAUCGAUCAAGGUUAGAAACCUCCCUCAAGAUUGGGAGUUUGUGCCCAGCCAGGCCGACGAGUAUGGCGAAGAACAAGGCGAUUCUGGUAACUCCAAGUUCAGAUCAUACGGGUACUGGACCGACGAAAACGGCACCAAGGUCGAGGGCAAGAUCAAGUUCACUGUCAGAAACGUCAACACCGCCGGUAGAAUGGUUUCGUUGGAUGGUACGUUGGUGUCGCCAGAGAGUGAGCUUGACGCUCAGCCAGUGUCUCACGAAAGAAGAAAAUCUUCCACCUCCGCUGCCGCCUCCUCUGGAGCCAACCACUUGAGAUUCGACGAUGAGAGCGAUCCUACCGAGGCUCCACAAGUUACCGAAAUCCCCGAAGCUGCUGCUGAUGAGGUGCCCUCGUACGACAAUAAAGAGGACAACGACUCCUCCAGCGACGAAAGCAGCGACUAG